AUGUCUGCACCAGAGAAUGACAAGCCUGAGUCGCCGACUACAGCUAGACCUCUCGAGAUGGAUGACGACGACGUCCAAGAAUCUGGUGUCCUGACCAACGAAGACGGUGCUCCUAAGCCCUCGGCUGCAUCGACCGCCACCACACCAACGACCGCUGCUCCCGCCACAUCUGAGGAAGCUCCACCACCGAAGCCCCCGAGGCCAAUGACUGAGCUACAGAAGAAUGUGUUGAUCCUAAAGGAGGCAUUUCCCAGCAUUGAUGAGCCCGUUAUCAAAGCCGUGCUCUCAGCAAGCAAUGGCCGCAUUGACCCAGCUUUCAAUGCCUUGCUGGAGAUGACCGAUCCUGAUGCGGUGCAGCAUGAGGUUGAGACGCAAACCGAGGUGCCGCCUCCGCAGCCUCCGCGGCCUGUUCCAGGCGCUACACCGCAAUCACAGCUAGAGGCAGAUGAAAUAUACGCCCGACAGCUGGCGCAGCACUACGAGAAUGUGGGAGCCUACGAAUCCAGGACCUCAAACCGAGGACCAGCAUACCCUCCUCGUCCGCGGCAGCAGACAGGCCUCAAGCCCAACGAGUUAUACGAUGAUAGGGAGCACAGCUUCAUCGACGACGACUUGCCGGUCAUUCAAGAGAAUAUCAAGAAGGGAUUUAUCGAGACUCAGACCAAGGUGAACAGCUGGUUCACCAACCUCAAGAAGAAGUUCGAUGAGCAGUUUGACGAAGAAGAGGGCACCCAACACCGGCCUAGCGGGCCAUUCGCGGGACGGCAGAGUGCGGAUUCCACCAGAAGAAGCCGGGAUUAUGAGCGAUACGAUGCCGAUCCCGAGCUUCUCAGCGAUGAUUUUGCGGGAAUGAAGUUCCACGGCGACGGAACCCCGGCGCGUCAGUCUUCACAAAAUCCGAAUCUCUUCAAGCCCCCGCCGCCGUCAGUCUCGCCAAAGCCAUCCGAUGGCCGCAAAGUAGCUUUCAGAGAGGGCGCCGAUGAGAUUGAUGCAUACAAUGCAUCUCCGAAGGUGCCUCCAAAGGACGCCCCUGCUUCUGCGGGCAAGGCCAGCAAGUGGCAGCCUCUGUCCACUGUCGAACCCAGCCCGAUUGCGGAGAAUGAUCCGUUCAGCCUCGGUGAUAGCGACGACGAGAAGGAUGCGAAGAAGGAUGCUGGCAAUAAAGAGAUCAAGAUGGAGGACUCCGAGAGACUGCGCCAGGCGGCUGCCGAAGCCAUGGCGGACAGCCUAGUGGAGGACAAAGCCAAGACAGGGUCUGCAAGCAAGUAA